AUGGCUAAAGGUGGAGGUGGUUCUGGUUCUGGUACCGAUGGAAGGGCCGAGUACGUCACCGACUACGUCUACACCACCGUCUCCAACGGAGCCAUCGGCGGUCGGAGUGCACGGUCAUACACCCUCGAAGGUCGAUUCCAGGCUAUCGCAGACAUUCUACAGAAAGACGAUUACGUCGUGAUCGAGUUCAGACAUAACGACGGGGGGCCAUUAUCCAAUGAUAAUGGUCAAUGCUGCGGAGUUGUUUGUGAGAAGGGGGCCCAUGUCUUGAUAUGUAGCGAGACGUCGAACAAUGUGUGGGAAACAGGGGAGUAUGAAUACUCGCCUUCGCGUUUUGUUGAUUAUGCACGGUUGGCGGCGGAGGUCACUGGAGUUGAUUAUGUGGAUCAUGGAGGCUAUGUGGCAAAUGCGUAUAAGUUGCUGGGGGAGGACAUGGUCAAUUCGUUUUAUCCCAAGGAUCACGCUCAUAAGAGCCCUGAGGGCGCAAAUAUCGCAGCUCAAGCAUUCCUGAAGGCUGUGGCGGAUAGUGAUGCGGCCCUGAAAGAGGCCCUGACCACUGAUUUUUGA